AUGGCGUCAAAGAAAUUUGCUAUUAAAUGCGGGGAUUUUGCUGUCCUGGUGGAUCUUCACAUCUCACCGCAAGGAUCAAACAAAGACACCAGCUGGUUUUCUGAACAGAACAAAGAGGAAAUCUGUUUACUGUUAAAAGAAACCAUUAAUUCAAGAGUUAAAGAGUACUUGGAAGUUCGUAAACAGCACAGGCCGUCAAAUACAGAAUUCACAAGAUCCAGUCCCUUGUCCUUAAAAGGUUAUGGCUUUCAAAUCACAGCCUAUUUCCUCAAGAGAGGGAUACGCCUUCGCUGCUUUGGGGGUUCACAGCGUCCUGAACUUCGUGUAUUCCCUGAUAGAUUUGUGGUCUGUGUAAGUCAGCUUGCAUUCAGCUGUGAUCUUUCAAGGCAGAAUGAAGAAUUGACGGGAAGAGCUCUCCAUGGAGUGUCUGGUUAUUUUGCUGAGUGUGCAGAGGGUCCACUUCCUCCCAGUGCAAAGCGCAAGAGAAGAGCUCUGAAAGAAAUCAUGAAAAGAGCUGAAACAAAAAGCAGCAGCAUGAGCAAAUCACAGGGCAGCAGGGACAUUGUGGGAACAUCGAGUGACUCAGUGGUUGCAGAGAUGGCAGUAAGAAGAGGUGAUAGCCAGGCUUCCUCCAGUGCCUCUCCAGAGUCCUCGGGGCAAGCAAAGGAUUGCACACAGGCAGCUGAGAGCCACUGGGGGCUCUCUGUUCAAAAGCUGGAACAUGUUCCUCAGACCCAGCCAGAGGAUACCGGCAGCCAGCACAAACCUCAUCCUGGGGCGUGGUUACAGACGGGGCUUCGAAGUGGGAGCGCUGUCUGGAGCUGUGAGUCAGCAGCACCGGGUCCAAAACAAAGUCCACGAGGGGCCCGAGCACAGCAGAAACGCAGGCCCCGCGGCUCUGCGCAGGGCUCCGUCCACUGCAAGAGAGUUUCUCUUGGAAGUGAUCGAUUCCUCCCGCGAGAAAUGAGAGCGGGAACAAGCCAGGCUGUCGGGGUUUUGCCAACAUCAGAGCUGUCAGAUCCGGGGUUACUUUUGAAAGAGGAUUUGGCAAAAGCCAUGUCUAAUGAAGAGUUGCAUGUUUUGGAAAAUCUCUCCUCCAGACAUCUUAUGAAAAGUGAGCCAGGGAAGGCCGACCAAACCAGCUCAACCACCAACACUGAAAGAUUAGCUACAAUCCAGGGCAGCCCAGGCAAAAAAAGGAAGAAGUCCGAAAGAGGCCACUGA